GAGCACUGGCCAAGCACAUUUCAGUGGAGCUUGGACCGAGUGGGCCGCCAAACGUAUGAGUAAUAUUCUUGAGGUGCAUCAGUCGCCAGGAAAACGCGUCCGAGUCGACGGGAAGUCGCGCGCGAUUCAAUUGUCCUAGUCGGUGGUUGAAGGUGUCGCCAAGAAACCGUCGUAAGCCGCCGGUAAAUCGCUUCAAAGCUGCUUACAAAUCGCGGCUAAGUCGCAUACAAAUCGCUAUUAAGUCGCUAGCGAACAACAGCUCAAACUUAAAGAAAUAAGGAAAAUAAUUAGACUUACUUUGGAAAUUUUUAAAAAAGUCGAACUCUCCAACAUUGUAAUUGUUAAAAUCUUUUAUUUUUAAAAUUAAGCAAUCUUUAUAACAGAUCGUUGAAAGAUAGAAAAAUAUUAAAAUUCUUAUACAAUUUGUUUUUAAUUUCCAAAUCUGUCGUUAUUUUCUGUGUUAUUAAUCACGAGUGAAAUCGGUUAAAUAAUUUUAUUCAAAAGUUCGUGCAACCUCUGAAAAAUAAAUUGGUGAAACGCUAGUAAAAAAAAAUCAAUCAAAAUGUCUAUGGAUCCCACUGUUUCCUUGGAGGAUCUGGAGCGUCGCCGACGUAGAGCCAGUUCCGCUCGAAAGCAGUCACAUACUCCACAACCUCCUUCGCAACUGCCGGAUUCGGAGGCCAUGGCCGUGAUUAACGAGAUAUUCAAUCCCACGCUGAAAAUACCAGAGUCCACUGGCCAUUACACGCUGCCGGAGGAAAUGACAGCCGAUGAUAAUGUGUCGCCCAAAGAUCUGGAUAUUGCCAAGCUGGCGGAGCUCAAGGAAGUCUUCUCACUUUUCGACACGGAUUGCGAUGGAUUGAUCUCGAAGGAGGAUCUACGGUUUACAUAUACUGCCUUGGGAAACGAGCCAAAUGAGCAGCUGCUGGAGCAGAUGAUGCAGGAGGCGCAGGAACCACUCGACUACGAUGCUUUUGUCCGACUGAUGAGUCGCCGCACUCAGGAACUGGAUCCCGAGGAUGUUCUCCUCGAGGCAUGGAGCAAAUGGGAUGACCACGGCACGGGAAAAAUAGAUGAACGCAAAAUCUACGAAGAGCUGACCAACUAUGGCGACAAAAUGACCCUCAACGAGGCCAAGGAGGCUCUUAGCCAUGCACCAAUGGCCAAACCAAAAUCGUUGGAGGAGCCUCCCAUGAUCGAUUAUCCGGCCUUCUGUCGGAUGCUCAGCGGAAUGCGUAAACGAAAAGGCGAAUAAAUUGUGGGGAGAUCAAUAAAUUGCUUGGAAAAAUUAUUAAUUAUUUUUUGUAUCCAAAAACAACUCAAAAGUCUUGAAAAAAGUUUUAGUUACGUGAACAUUGAUGAACUAUCUGUUCUGCCAAAGCUGAUGAACUGAAAACUUAUAUUUAAAGAAAACGACGACCAAAUUUAUUAUUAUUAUUUAACUUUAACUAUUGAACAGUUUAAUAUUAUAUUUUUUGAGUUAUUUAAAUGAUUUUCUUUAUUAUCAAAAAAUCUAUCGCAUAAUGUAUAAGUAAUCCAUUUUAAAAAGAUCGCGGAAGUGAUAAACUUUAAUUUAUUUAAAUACACUUGUUUGCAAUUAUCAGUUUGGUUGCUUUUCCUAAUAUUUUGAUUGGUAAUGUGUAUUAUUUUUUGAAUACCCAUUUCUUGUUGCCAAAUUUUGUUUUAACUGGAUAAGCUCCUUUACCUUGAUUUGUUGCCAAUUACUGAAUUGGCUAUUGGCAGCUGUUUCUAUGUGACAAUCAUUUUAGACUUAACGCCAACUUUUGUUCGACUUUUUAUCAAAAUAAAUCGUGAAGAACCAGCGAA